CUGUCUUAAUGCAUCUUUUAUAUAAUAAUAGCUGACUGUCAGUUUAUUUGUUGUUGACCUUUACAACGGAAUCUGACUUUCUUUAUCCUUUAGCAAUCGUUUAUUGUCAGUACUCUGGUGUUCUCAAGCCUCUGCACUUCAGGAUUUCAUGUAAGAAGGUUCAUGGUAGGAAUGAAACACGUCUGGUACCGACUGGGACAAAACAUAAUCAACUUUCAGUUCAUUACAUUAAUGAACUUGAUUCAGAAUCCAACGAAACACAAAUGCAUAGAUUGAAGGCGACAAAGUGUUUUGGCUUGUCUGGUAGAUUCGCAUGAAUUGUAACACGAGAAACGCAAGCUUCCUCGUGAUCGCAGCAUCCGCCUUCGCGUGAUGCCCGAGCAGAGCAAUGACUACCGAGUCGUGGUCUUCGGCGCUGGUGGCGUCGGGAAAAGUUCUUUGGUGCUCCGAUUCGUUCGUGGGACUUUCCGAGAAUGUUACAUCCCAACCAUCGAAGAUACCUACAGACAGGUCAUCAGCUGCAACAAGAACGUCUGUACGCUCCAGAUUACCGACACAACGGGGUCUCAUCAAUUCCCUGCCAUGCAGCGGCUGUCGAUCAGCAAGGGUCACGCGUUUAUUCUCGUCUACUCCAUCACCAGCCGACAGUCCCUUGAAGAACUCAAACCUAUCUACGAUGUCAUACGUGAAAUCAAGGGCGACGUGGACGGCAUCCCCAUAAUGCUCGUUGGGAAUAAGUGCGAUGAUCCUAACCGAGAGGUCAGCAUCCAAGAAGGCAUGGAACAGUCAAAAUUUUGGAGCUGCGCCUUCUUGGAGACUUCUGCCAAAACCAAUUACAAUGUCAAGGAACUCUUCCAGGAUCUGCUCCAGCUGGAGAAGAGAAGGAGCAUGAGCCUUCACCUCGAAACGAAGAAGACGAAGUCACAGAAAAGGCGUGAGAAGUUGAAGGGGAAGUGCACAGUCAUGUGAUCUUUCAUUUUGAUGUGACAAUCGGGUUUUAUAUACAUUCCUGUCACGUGGUUGUUACUUGACUGUCACCUGAUUGUUUCUUGGUAAUCUCGAGACAUUCUUGAACCGUUGAUACCGUCAUGACGUUCAAUCUUUAACGCGUCUUGAAGAUUUAAAAGGAAGUGGUGCGGCAUGUCAAGUGGAGACAGCCUAAUACCAGGAAGGGCGUGUGCAGUAUCUGCCCACACGCCAAGUCACAUGUUGGUGAAGCAUGGUUUUACAUAAAUGUCACCAGUAUCCAUUGCCACCUUGUCUUGUAAGUGUAUACCGUGUGAAACCCUGUGGUUUUAUUCCUUUGGAUGUUGACUCUGGUAAUACCCACAAAAAAUAUAACCUGAUGGGUCCUUGUUCUGACGCUGGCCGUCAGAGAUAGAUAUUAAAAGAAAAUAGAAAAAAAGUCGGUUUAAGUUUUUUAACAACAUGAUGUAUUAGUAAUACGAACCCUGGUUGAAAAAAAGAUUAUAAGGUAUUUUGCUGAAAAUGAUAAGAAUUUUUAAAAUGCAGUAUAAGUCAAUGAGGUCCAUAUAACUUUUGGUUAUAAAUUGAUUAAGUGAAAGAUAUUUGCCAGUAUGAUGUUUACUCUGCAAAUGGAAUAUUAAAAUUGGUAAUUGUGUUUUUAUAUUUACAUAAAAAUAAAUAUUGAGUCUUAAACUGGUUGGAGUAUUCUUUAUUUCAACAUAUUUUCUUCAUUUAGAUUUUUAGAAUUUUAAAAGUCAAUAUUACUCAAAGUUACGCACUUACGCUGACUAACUUUGCCCGUAUACUAAUCGUGAGAUUUUUUCUAUUUUUCAUGUUAUGUCUCCAUUAUCAAGCAGGAGAUCACAAUUCUUUGAUAAAGGUUAAUUACAAUACCGAUUAAGAAAUACUAGUCUAUUUUCAGACUUCAUAAUCUUUCAAUUGUUAUUUUCAACGAUUGAUGGGAGGGACAAUCUAUGAACUACCCAGUAAAAACUGUCUCACCAACUUAUACUUCUGAUUUUUUUUAAUAAUAUGAAAUAAGAAAUUAUCUGAAUGUCCGUUAUAUUGAAAAAAAAAAUAGUCAGGAAACGUUGAAUAAAAUGAACAAUCUCCGUGGCAAGAUAGAAGCAAGGCAAUAGCUACAAGUGUAGCAAAACAGUGUAUGAUUUAUUUCGUGUGUUUAGAUAUCCAAUGCAAUACGCAGAGAUUUGUCAAUUAUUAACCAAGUGUGUCGUGUAUACUCGCAUCUAGAUCUUCGUGUUUGUCAUAUAUUUUUACCUUUAAACCAAUUUACUAUGUGUGUAAACUCUGUCAAUAUACUGUCUUCUAUUUAUCGAUAUGAGUGUGGAUGUAUUUUAUUUUUUAUCAGGAAUCCGUGCUGACAUAAAUACCGUCGAUUCUUUAUGCUGCACGCACAUUAAAGACUAUUUUUUCUGUAGUUCAUCUGUAUCAGCUUCAAGGGAAAUCUCUCAGAAAGUCAUGAGAAACGGAUGAUGUUUUCCAUUUUGUAUGAACAUAUUGUCAUUUUGAAUAAAUUUGAUUAUCAAGGUAAAUGAAGAUAUACAAUUCAUAUCAAAGCAAUGUAUUUUAUUCAUCUAAGUCAUAAGAUCAUAUUUUAUAUAUUAAUAUUUUUAUUCAUCUUUAUAUUUGAUCAUGUAAAACACGUUUAUUGUUGCUUUUACUAUUACUUUUAUUAAAAUGGUAGAGACGUGCUGAUUUUUUUGGUUCAAUACCUACAUAACCACGAUAUUCUACCUAUACAGUUUGUAUGCCCCAUAUCAUAGGCCGCAAACAAUGGCAAGUUCGAGUUUUCAAUUAAGUUUAUUUGAUUAAGAAAGUAAAAAAAAAAUAGCAAUUCCAGUGAAAGCAUUAAAAUGAAAGAACUGCAUGUUUGAUUAUUAUUAUUAUUUGGGGGUGUUGACCAAAUUGUGAAGUAAUUGUUACCAUUGUGUACACAAUAUUUUUUUUUAAAUUGCCAUAGACUUCACAUCUCGGCAAGUUGAUUUCAAUAGCUUUCAUUGUUAAAAAAUGACCGUUUAUUUGAUGGGGGAUCGGGGGAAAAACUUCCAAUCAUGUUGACAUAGGGAUAUGUUUUCUUACUAUGUUCACUUACAAAGAUAUGUGCGUGGCAAGAGUUACUCUCUCGCCAUGUCUACUCAUCACCUUAUAAAAAUGUAUAUGUCAACAAAGUCAACGCGAGAUACAAUAUCUUGCCAAGUCGACCUAUACACAAUUGUAUAUUAGAAAACGAGAUAUGUCAUGGACGUAUUUCAGCUUAUACCAUUCUUUAUAUGUUAACUGAGCAAGAUAAUUAUCUCGCAAUGUUGACAUAUGACUUGGGGGUGACUUGGCCAGAUAAAUUAUCACGCCAUGACGACAUACAAGUUAUUAUAAGUCGGCCUCCCAAGAUACUUUAUGUCGCUCUUCCGUCAAGUAAAUGGUACUUUUAAACAUCGAUAAAUAAAAUAAGGGGCUAUCACACUUCUAAAGACAGCGUGUUUUCGACGAACGUUGGUUAUGGCAAGCCGUGUUCAUGAUCAAAAGUAUUGUUUUUUUAAGAAUUACCAGAACAACACAUUCGGCAUUCCAUAAAGGAAAUGGAUUCUUGCUAUUUUGUGUUAACAAAAUGCAAUUAUCGAUAUUUCGAAUGGAAUGAGAUUGAUUAAAGGAGAACACGACUGCCCACGUAAUUAUGUCGGCAUACGAUUUCUCAAACUUGUAUGAAUGACAGACCAGUUACUUCUUUAUCACUAAAUGGCAUAAUACUGUUUUUUUUUUUAUUUAGUACGUUUGGUAAUCAAUAAUAAUGUGAUGGCACUUAUUAUCAUGUCACUCGUGUUCUAUUAAUGAGUUAUUGAUUUAGCUUAAAAUUAAAGGCACCUUAUCAUCUCACGCUCAUUUUCAUUCAACUUACCACAAAGAGAGUAUACCUAUUUUUAUCAUAGUUUACUUCAUCUAUUUUUGAGGGGGUGAAUAUGUAAAACUGUGCAAUACCAAAACGUGUUGAUUUAAAAUGUACUGUUACAUCGUGUUAUUCUUUUUUAAAUGUUCGUCUUUCGUUGAAUUGAUCUUAAGGUAUUAUCUUGUAGGAAAUGUUGUAUAUAUUAUACAUUGAUGAUAUUUGAGAUUUGUUUAUUUUGAUAUACUGUACAUUGUUUCAGAUUUGUUGAAUAUGAUUAUGUGGAUGAAGUUGCCAGCUGAUCACCCGGAGCAGUUAUAGAAGGAGAAGCACAGAGCCCGCUUUAUCUAAUUAUCUAAAUUUGAAAAAAAAACAUAGUCUAAGAAAAACACCCUAUUUUUAAGUAUGCCAGGGAAAAAAGGGUUGCUGACAUAAAUAUGACGAGCAGUAACAAUGAUGGCUUUGAUAAUGAUAAUAACAACGAUAAUAAUGAUAAUAUUCAUAAUAAUAAGACAUUUAAAAAUGCUCAUAUUUCCAAUUCUGAUUUAUUUUACACUGCUGCUGCUGAUUUAUAAAAUGUUUAAAUUUUUGUUUCGAAAAAUUCAUAGUUAAUUUAACUUUUGGCCAUCAAUAUUCUUUUAUCAUCGUUUUAGUUGCAAAAAAAUUAAAUAUAUCUCGUAUACUGUUAAUUGAAAUAACAAGUAUAUAUUAGUAUCAUGUAAAAGCUAAAUAGCAUUUGAAAUAUCUCAUAUUGCAAUAUUUGUCGGAUGUGAUGAAGUUUAUUGAUUGUUUAAAAAUUUGUUUAUUUUAUGAAAUCAAAUAUGGAUGGUGUCGACAUAAUUGUAAGGUGAUCAAAGAGAACAGUUUUAUAUAUAAUUGUAAAUAAAAUCAUAAAUUUGUUUGCAUUGGAAAAAAAAGAACGAAGAAAGGUGAAAAGCAGAUGUUGAGUAUUGAAUGAUGAACUACCAACUAUUUCAUGUUUGUUAUUAAACACUAAUAGAAUUAUUUGGAAAUUAA